CAAAUGUGAAUGCCCUCAUGAUGCAUGCACAAAUGCCACCAGGGAAAAGGUUGUGUACUUUGGGAAGAGGCCAACGUUUCAUCAACAUUCACAAAACCCUGUUUUCCUUUCACUGUCCCAUGGAUGGCAUCAGUAGUGACUAUAUAAUAUACGGCCUUUUAUUCAUUCAUUUCACAGCCACCACUUUCAGUAAAAGGUCGAUGAAGGGUUCUCAAAGUGGGACACCACCUGACCUGACACACAACUACGAGACUGUCCUACCAAACUUUAAGAAGCCCCCGGCCAAAGCUGCAGCACUGGCACAAAACUACGAAAUUCCUCUGCCAAAGGCUGCGACUCUACCACGUGAUCUAUCCACGUGUGCUGGAAAAGACCCGAUAACCCCCAUCAUGAAAUUCUCCCAGAGCGUAAAAGUGAGGGGCAGUACCCCCGAAGCAGUGUACAUGAAUGUUAAAGAGACGCCCACUGGUGAGGAUGUGUGUGCAAUGAAACCCGUGGAACCACCACAAACAGUGGGACAGGGAGCUUCACUCACUCACAGGGAGGCAAUGGGACUAUGCCUGAUCAUCAGGUGGCUGAAAUUGAAAUGGGACCAAUUUCCCCGGGUGAUCCCUGGGCAAAUAACUAACGGAAGCAUAUAUGUUGCAACACUCAAGUACCCUUUUUCUUUUGGUUCUAUCAGGUAUAUAUUAUGUUUGAUAACUGCAUCCAAGUAUAUACAUAUACCUUUUAAAUCACCCUUUUCCGCUUGGUUUUUCUCGGGUAUUUUUAUGUUUAAACUACACUGAAGUAUGCAUGAUACCUUAAAUCACCCUUUUCUGUCAGGUAUUUUUAUGUCAAAUAACUGCAAAUGUAUCCAUACGUAUGUAUACAUGUCGUGCAAUUCUAAUGUUACUCAAAGGCUAGUUUGGUCUGUCCAUCCAA